UCUUCAUCCGAAACUUGUUUAUUACAUCUUAUAAAAUUAAUUGAAGUGCUACUUUAAAAUGAAGAAGAGAUUGCCCGAUAACUUUGUUAAAGCCCCAAGUUAAAUGAUUACGUCAACAGCAUCCCAGACUGAACAUGAUCGAAACAAUAAUACGAAAUUACAAAUACUAAAAAAACUCCGCAAGUCGUCUAAAAUCCACGACAUCAGGGUCCAAGAUGAGUCUAAAAGGUAUAAAACUGGUCACUUUUGAUGCCACAAACACACUCUUGAAAUUCAAAUCACCGCCUUGGGAAUACUAUGCCUGUAUAGCUACAGAUUAUGGCUUCAAAGGUACAGGGGAAGAGAUAAAGUCGUGUAUGCUAAGCAGUUACAAAACCACAUGGAGUCAGCACCCAAACUUCGGUAGAGAUAGCAUUGAAUGGCCAGAAUGGUGGCGAAAAGUUGUAACAUUGACACUAAAAGACAAGGUACCAAGUAAGGAACUAAAUAACAUAGCUAGCAGACUCAUACAAGACUUUAAAACCACCAAAUGUUGGGAAUGCAAUAAAGGUGCUAACAAAAUAUUAAGAAAGAUCAAAGAAAAAGGUAUCAACAUUGGAGUCAUAUCCAAUUUCGACCCGAGACUGCAUGAGAUCUUACAAAAUGUGGAUAUUCACAAAUACUUUGACUUUGUUUUAACAUCAUACGAAGUUGGAUACGCCAAACCUGAUGUGAGGAUAUUUGAGAAAGCUCUAGAAAAAUGUGGAGACGGUGUAACACCAGAAGAAUCGCUUCACAUAGGCGAUGAUGUGGAGAAGGAUUUAGAAGGAGCACAAUCAGCCAAUUGGAAGGCUGUACUCAUUACCAAAGCAACUGAGAAACCACUAGCAUGUAAACAUGUGUUCAAAACCUUAGAUGAGUUAAGCUUAGCUGUAGAGAAUGGUCUAACCUUGUUUUGAUGAUUAUUUCUUAUUUAGGUAGUUAAGAGUAGACUUAGCAAUCAAUUUUGUUGUUUAUUUAGAGGGAGAAAGGUACUUAAGUUUAUUUUGCUAUUUAUUCUUAAUUAUAUUUCUGGUUUUUA